AUGUGUUCAAGAAAUCAAAAAGGUUCAGAAGAGAUCAGAGAUUCUCUGGAGAAACUGGUUGCUGCACGUUUUGUUGAGCGGGUUCCUUCUCCUGAGCCUGUUCUUGGCAUCAAAGAAGAAGGGCCGGCCCAAAAGAAAAGAGAAUCGGAAACUUUAGGGGAACGUGUUCUUGAAGCGGCAACUCCAGUUGAAGCUCUAAGGUUUCCACUUAUAUUAGAACAAGAUUCAAAUGCAUCUAUAGCAGAUGAAGAUAGCAACAUCUCUGACUCUGAGGGGAAGCGUAAGCAAAGUGAUGUAGACUCAUCAUCAGAUCCGAACAAGGAAGUAGUCUGGCGUCCUAAUUUAGAGGAGCUCAUCCGCCGCCUUAGACAUUAG